AUGACGUCCCGAAAAACGCAGCAGGAGAUUGACAAGACCUUCAAGAAGGUCGCCGAAGGCAUCGUCACAUUCGAGGGCAUCUACGAGAAGAUCCGCUCGACGACGAAUCACACCCAGCGGGAUAAGCUCGAGGAAAACCUGAAGCGCGAGAUCAAGAAGCUCCAACGGUAUCGAGAUCAGAUCAAGUCGUGGGCGUCUGGAAAUGAGGUGAAAGAUAAGGGUCCGCUGCUCGAGCAGCGCAGAGCCAUCGAGACCUGUAUGGAGCAGUUCAAGGCCGUCGAGAAGGAGAUGAAGACGAAAGCAUACUCCAAGGAGGGCCUGUCGGCAGCGUCGAGAUUGGAUCCCAAGGAGAAGGAGAAGGUGGAGACAUGCGACUUCCUAUCGAGCAUGGUCGACGAGCUACAACAACGGAUCGAGGCUAUGGAGGCAGAAGAGGAGACGUUACAUAUGCAGAUGAAGAAGGGGAAGAAGGACGUGGCCAAGACGAAUCGGUUAUCGGAUAUUUCGCGGAUCACGGAGCGUCAUAAGUGGCAUGUCAACAAGUUGGAACUGCUGUUACGGUCGCUGCAGAACGGCAACGUCGAGACGCAACAAGUCCUGGAUCUCAAGGAGAGUAUCAAGUACUAUGUGGAAGACGGGCACAACUUGGACUACUCGGGCGAGGACGAGACCCUAUACGAUGAUCUGAACAUGGACAAUGAGGCGGAGAUGCAGUUCGGCAUCGCGGGCGACAACGACCGUGUAUCAUCGCAAGAUACCCAGUCGGUGCAAGAAGAGGAACCGGAGGUUGUCAAGCCGAAAGCGAAGCCCGAUACCUCGGGACCCCGACGACCUUCCGCGCAGAUGAAGUCCCCUCUUCCCGUGCUGGCCACCCUCCAUCCCGCAACGUCGACAAGUGCCACCUCGGGCAUGAAGCCCGCCCCGCCUCCAACGCGCCUGCCAGGAGAGACCCUCAAGUACGCCUCUGCGGCGGCUGCAGCUGCUGCCAGCGACAAGAACGGCGUGGGCAUCGCGCCUCUGCCGCCACCGCCAGGAGCCAGCCCCGCUUUCCCCCACGCCGUACCUGCAUCCAAACCCUCCACCUCCACAACCGCCUCCCCCAGCAUCGCUCCCGCACAACCCGCGGUGAAGUCCUCGACAGGCGUCACGAUAGCGGGCGAGGAGUCGAGUAGUGGCAGCCGGUCCAAGACCCCUGCUGCGAGUCCGCACGUGGCCAGCGCAAGCACGUCGACGCGAGGCGUGCCGCAGACCCCCGCUAUGGAGAAGGUUGAGGCCUCGGGUAGCGGCAACAGCACUAGCAACAACAUCACCACCACCACCACCACCACCACCACCAGCAACAAAUCCCGACCCACGACGACGGCGAACACCACCAACGGCGAGUCAAGCGGCAAGGAGGAAUCGUCGCGCGAGAGCGAGGAAUCCAUCUAUCACCUCCCGCCGGGCCUGCAGGAUCUGAUCCAGUCAUUCGAAGUGACCAAGAGCCGUGCCGCGGCCAGUGCGACCAACCCGUCCCCAUCGGUGCAGCGGUUGCUGGCGGCCUCCCUGGCCAAUUGCCCCGAGCCAGCCGACGCGGAGAAACCCCGUCACUACAAGCCGCAGAACCCGUACAACACGCCCCUCUACUACCCCCAGGAACCUCUCCCGAUCUUCGACGACCCGCGUCUGUACGAAACCGGUCGCAUCGACACGGAUACGCUGUUCUAUCUGUUCUACUACCGCCAGGGCUCGUACCAGCAGUACCUGGCCGCCAAGGCGCUGAAAAACCAGAGCUGGCGGUUCCACAAGCAAUACCAGACCUGGUUCCAGCGCCACGAAGAACCCAAAACCAUCACCGAGGAGUUCGAACAGGGAACGUAUCGUUUCUUCGACUACGAGAGCACCUGGAUGAACCGUCGUAAAGCGGAUUUCAAGUUCGUCUACAAGUACCUUGAGGACGAACUAUAA